AUGGCAAAAGAUUGCAGAAGCCGGUUAAAAUGUGGCAAGUGCGCAAGAAGGCACGCAACAUCUGUUUGCGCAUCCGACGACAUCAAAAACGACAAGAAGGUAAUAUCUGGAUCGGUCAAUCUGGUGUCGAAGCAGGCAAGGUCAGUCGUAAUGCUGCAGAGUCUGACAGCCGCCGUAUUAGGCGCCAAAUCAUCCGGUCGCUACCGAGUCUUUUUUGAUGGUGGAAGUCAGCGGAGCUUCAUUACAACCAAAGCUUACAGAAGAGUUGGAUGUGAACUAAUAGAAGAGGAAACGUUGCCCAUCGGAAUGUUUGGGGGCGAUGAUAUACGGAGAGCCAUAAAGAAGGUACAUGUAUCGAUUCUCCCUGCGCACCAGAAGUUUCCGAUUUCAAUAGAGGCACUGGUGGUGGACACGAUAUGCACUGGAUGCAUUCCGGUACCAGAAGAAAACGUUAUAAGGGAAAUAAACAAGAUGCACUUGGAUACGCGAGCUCUCUCUUUACAAGAAGUUCAAGACAAACAGAUUACGGUCUUUGUUGGAUCAGACUAUUAUUGGGAUAUAGUAACUGGAACCGUGAAGCCUGUGUUCGAAAAGUUGAAAGCUGUCAAGACGAAACUGGGAUGGCCUGUGCAAAGACCAUUGUCUACUGCAGCCGAUGUUACACAGUGUGCCAGUAUCACAGUCCUACGAUCCACAGUGACCGAGCAAGAUAUCUCGAAACUUCUAACUCGUUUCUGGGAUAUAGAAAGAACCGGUAUCCAGGCCAAAAAUGUAGGAACAACGGUCGCCGAAUCGGUGCUGGCAAAUUUUGAGAACAACACCAAUAAGAAAAGCAAUCGAUAUGAAGUGGCACUACCGUGA